AUGCCACCAAAAGGUUGGAAGAAGAAUGCUGAUCCAAGUCAACAACCGCCAAGAGAUGUAGAUCCAGUAUCUAUAGAUGAUAUUUUAUUCCCCAGAUCAACUUUACAAAAAUUAGCAAAAUCAAUAAUAUCAGAUGAAGAAAAUUCAAAUAAUAUGACAAUGGCAAAAGAUUCAUUAUUAGCAUUACAAAGAUCAGCUUCAGUAUUUGUAAGUUAUAUGUUAUUUCAUGCCAAACAAAUUUCAAAAUCAACUGGUAGAAAAACUAUAACUGCUCAAGAUAUGUUAUUUGCAUUAGAAAGAGCAGAAUUUGGAGGAUUUGUACCUGAAAUUAAAGAUAAAUUAGCAAUAUAUGAAAGUUCAAUAAGUGCAAAAAAGCAAAAGAAAUUGGAAGAUAGAGUUGAAAAUAAUAAUAACAAUAUUGAAGGAGUAAUACCGAAAAAAUCAAAAACAGAAGAUGGAAAUGCAGUAAAUAUACUUAAUGAAGAAACAGACGAAGAAGAAGAAGAAGAAACUGCUGAAAUAACGGAAGAUGCUGAUGCUGAUGAUGACAAUAAUAUUAAUGAAGAAGAAGAAGAUGAAGAGGACGAAGGUGAUGAUGACGACGACGAAGAAGCUUUUGGUAAUCCAAUCUCAGAAUUAGGUAAAGAUGAGGAGGAAUUAGAAGGAACACAAAUAGAAGAAGAUGAAGAAGAACUUGAUGAUGAUGAAGAUGAUUACUAG